AUGGACGCCAAGUGGAUAGCUCUCUUGGCCCUCGUGGCCCUGGUGGUGGCCCUGGCCGUGGCCGAGGAGGCCGGUGCGAAGGAGACGACGAAGGACAAGCGCGGACUCUACGGCCUCGGAUACGGAGCGAGCGCUUACUCUUCUUACCCAUCGUACACCAUCGGCGAAGGCAUCUCCACAGUUGUCACGAAGGAGGUGGCGGUCCCCGUGCCGCACCCGGUCGCCGUUCCGGUCGAGAGGCGCGUUCCGGUCCCCGUCAAGGUGCCGUACGCGGUGCCGGUGGACCGGCCCUACCCGGUGCCCGUGCCCAAGCCCUACCCCGUCGAGGUGACGAGGCACGUCCCCGUCCCGGUGGACCGGCCGUACCCCGUGCCCGCGCCCUACGCCGUCAAGGUCCGGGUUCCGACACCCUACGCCGUCAAGGUGCCCCAGCCGUAUCCGGUGGCCGUGCCGCAGAAUCUGCUGUACAGCAAGUACCGGGGCGCCACCGGCUACUCGACGUGGUCGUAG